GUACAAGGUGAUCGACAGUUUUCUCUGCAGACAGUUUCCAGCGAUGCAGAUCUUGUGUCAGGACAAGACCGUGGACAGCUUCAUUCCAGAUACCAGGAGGGGAUCACGGACGAGGAUGUCAUGCUACCCGGAUCCGAACAAGACGCGCUGCCAUCCAACCAACGGGGAGCACGAGUACACAGUUCCAGCCGGGAGGUUCAAGGAGUGCCUCUAUUGCGGGACGGUCUGGAAGGGCGAGAAGUACCAGCGCAAAGAUCGAUCGCAUUGCUCCAUCGGCAAGCAGUUCAUGCGCGCCGCCUUCCUCGUCGGCUCAGCGCUCGCCUCCCUCGGCACGGCCUGGGCGCCCAACUGCGACGCAGAGAUCAGCGAGUUUACGAAGCGACGCGGCUUCGACAUCUACGAGAUCUUCGCGGGCGAGUGCGGCAUCACCCUGCGCGCCGCCGACCGCGCCAACGGCUGGGGCAUGCGAGCUCCACAACCGGUGGACAAGCUGUUCGGUCAGGACUUGAAGAAGCAGAAGGCCAGGAAGGAAGUGCUCGAGACGAUCGACAAGUGGCAGCCGCGCUUGGUCGUCAUCCAGCUUCCGUGUACACUCUGGUCGCUGUUCAACCGCAACGUCAACUACAAGGAGAUGCCCGAGGUGCUGGAGGGCCUACGCGAUGAGGAGCGGUGCUUCAUCACCUUCACGAAGGACAUCUUCGACAAGCAGAAGGACUACGGCAACCGCGCCCUGCUCGAGAAUCCAGCUACUGCCGACUCGUGGCGCGAGGAGGCAAUCGUCAAGCUCAGGAAGGACAACUACGAAUGCACCUCUAAUAUGUGCAUGUUCGGCAUGGUCGGCAACCAGGGCCUCCCCAUGAAGAAGCUGGUCCGCUGGUUGGGCACGCGUCCACUUCUCAUUCAAGAGCUCGACCGACACUGUGACCACAGCCAUCCACAUGAAGAAGUGCAAGGAGGCGGACCUAAUGGCAACACCAAGCUCUCACAGGUCUACACCUGGCAGCUAGCCGGCGCCAUCUGCCGAGGUCUCGCCAGGGUCAUCGAGAGCGAGGAAUUCGGACACGGCAUCUACUUGUGCAGCUACUACCCCGUCUCCUACGACGCUCCAGCUCGCACCGUGCACCACGUCUGCUAUUCGGCGCCCGACAUGGACGAGACGAAAUGGAAGAACAUCAUGCAAUCGGUCGUCGACGUCAUGAGUCGCAGGAGCGCCCCCUCAGCUCAGGUGGCGCAGGACUCAGAGAUGCGGAAGCAGGUGUCCGAGUUGGUUCCCUGGCAGAUCUUGUACAUGCAGGCCGCCUUCCAGCCGAAGGCGAAGCCUACGCACCACGAGGACGAUUUCAAGAUCCAGUACGAUACGGGUUGUUCAUUAUCGGACGUGCUCCAGUUGGCGAAGUACCAGCACCACCUCGACCACCAGUCGAAGGCGAAUCACGACAGCCAGUUCCAGUGCCCGACGAACCACAGCCAGAUGAACUUCAGCCUCAACCUGUUUAACAACGUGCCGAACUUGAGCCACCCGCUGCAGACUGAUUUCACGAGGUUCCUGAACGCGAGCGAGGCGAGCCAGUUCUUGGGAAUUUUGGAGAUGUCAGGUUUACUAAUGGUGGUGGUUCAUUGUCCGACUCGUGAUCCUACUCAGGUGUUGGAGAUUUUCAAUUUGGCUUGGUUGUCUUGGGCUGGUUAUCCAGAUCAUGUGGUGUGCGAUCGUGAUGGAGCUUUUCAGGCUGCUUUCGUUGAACAUCUUGAGGCUCACGACGUUCACGUCGAGAAGCCCCCAGCUGAAGCUCGCUGGCAGCCAGGGCGAGUCGAGGCGAACAUCACGCUCUGGAAGCACAUGGCCAAGAAGGUGACUGACACGAUGCAGCUUGCCGGAGUCGAGGACAUGAAGCGGAUGGCACCUGCGAUCAACCAGUCUCGCAACUCUCGUGUUCGACAAUGCGGUGCUUCACCAUAUCAGUGGACUUUCGGUAAGGACCCGAGGAUCCCCGACAGCAUCACCGACCCAGCCAACUCUGCCGUCGUACACAGCGCCAUGACCGCAGAUGCCGAGCUUGCUAAACGAGCCCGGGUACGAGCCCUCGCAGACAUGGCCUUCACCGAGUACGACAGGUCCGAGUCUCUCAAGCGCGCGAUGCUUCGAGUUAACCGACCUUACCGAGGAGACUACACCGCUGGAGAUCGAGUGGCUUUCUGGCGUCAAGCGAAGAACAAGAAGGGCAAGCAAUACCCUGCAAGGUUCAUUGUGGCUACUGCGGUUGGUCCUGGUGGUAGUGGCGGCGCCGAUGACAACAAUGUGUGGGUACAGUCUUCAGGACGUCCGAUCUUGGUUUCAAAAGAACAACUCCGAGAAGCACAUGGUACUGAAUUGUGGAUACCUGAUGAGGAGGACUUGACUGAGCUACGCAAGGCUACUCAAGCACCACCUGAACGAUUUCACGACGAACGUGCGGUACCACCUGCCGAGAUCGACCCGAGCGAUGUGAUCGUGUCUGAUCUAGCCGCUGCUCUACGAGAUGAAGGAGGACGUGAACACGUUCGAGGACUUCUACCACCUCCUGCUCAGCCACAUGCUGAACCACGACAGCUGCCCGAGGCCAGCGGCUCCGGGGACAACAUGAACGACAACAUACUGCCAGCUGUUCGACCACUACCUGAAGACGCUGAAGGAGAUGCUCGAGCUGCCCGGCGACCCCGCUUCGCAGAACCAGAGACGCCAGCUACACCGCCUACUACACUGGCCCCAGGUGCGACCUACGUUUGCUUCAACGGCACUGAGCAGAACUCUGCCAUUCCGAUCUACAUGUGCGAGCAGUACACUAUUCUCGAGUCGCCAGCCUACGAGGUCUACCUCAACAACAACGGCAGCUUCACUAUGACCAAGAAGGACCAGAAGGCGCUCAUUCGUGAGGUCCCCUACUCGCAGAUCCCUGCAGAUCAGCUACAUCUAUUUCGAGAAGCUCUGGCCCGUGAAUGGUCAUCUUGGCAACGUUUCUCAGCCGUGGAGGUCUUGGGUCUGAAGACGUCCAAGUCUAUCGAGAGCGACCCCGAGAAGAAGAAACGCAUUAUUCCAUCAAGAGUCUGCUACCGCGACAAGAAUGCCGGACGUGGAGUUUCCGAGAUCGACGCCAAGGCGAGGAUCGUGGGUAUCGGCUACAACGAACCCGACAUCAUGACUCAGGC